CGAGGUUUCGGAAAUUUUAAAUCAUUCAGACAUCACUCUUUGAUCGGACAAGUCCAAAAGUGUUAUAAGCAGUGAGCUGGGAUUUCGAAAUCCGCUCUUUCCGCAUAGGAUUUGUAAUUCCUCGGGAUCAAGUUUGAUAGUUUAAAAGAAAGGAGUGAAAUUUCAGUGAAAUGAAGACUUUGGGAGUGUUGUUGUUGUGCUUAGGCACCGUACUUGGCGAUGCUUGGGUAGGAGACGGCGGAUUUGAAACGAAACUUUCAGUGAAAGAUCUACAUUAUUCGCAACAUGCGGAAUCUGUUGGCACUGCUCGAAAAAGCGUUGAACAGCGCCUGGGCGGUUUGGUUUCAUCAUCGUCCUCAGGGUCGGCCAGCCUUUCAGCCUCUGGAGUAAAAUGCUGUUCAACUGCUGACUGUGUACCCUGUGAUAGUCAAGUCAGUUCGAGUGAUGCAGAAAACCUUGGUGUUGGAGUUGGCUAUGUAGGAUACACAGGUAACGGGGGAGAUUCUUCCAGCAGCUCAUCCUUCACAUCAUCAUCCUCAUCCAACCAACAAGCAGCUCCAGUUUAUAUCUCCCCAUCGACAUCGGGAUCAUCAAGCUACGAGUCUAGCUCUGCACAGUCUUCUCAGUCAGCAAGCGCUCCAAUUGUCAUACCAGUAACAGGUGGUGGAUCUGAGAGUUACGCUGAACGUUCUGAACGUAUUUCACAAUCCAGUCCUACCAUUGUCACUGUUGUCGGACCUUCAGGCGGUUCUGAACGGUAUUCAUCGCACUCAGAAAGAGUAUCACAAACUCAGGCUGCUCCAAUCAUUCCAAUCUAUACACCAACUGGUGGAUCUGAACGCUAUGUCAGCCACUCCGAACGUGUAUCAACCAACCGCGCCGCUCCAGUAAUUCCAAUCUAUACUCCAAGCGGAUCUGAAUCUCAUUCAUCGCACUCGGAAAGAUAUUCCUCAUCUGCUUCCGCUCCUGUUCCAAUUCCUAUUUACACUUCAGGAGGAGGAUCAUCACGUUACACUUCUCACUCUGAAAGCUCCAGGACACAAGCUGCGCCAGUUAUCCCUAUUUACGCACCAACUGGUGGCUCCCAACGGUACAGCUCCCACUCAGAACGAGUAUCACAAACGCAAGCUGCACCAAUCAUUCCAGUUUACACACCAACCGGUGGUUCCGAACGAUAUGUCAGCCACUCUGAACGUGUCUCAGAAACCAAGGCUCAACCAAUUGUACCAAUCAUCGCACCAAGCGGAUCAUCACAUUACUCAGCUCACUCAGAGCGUCUAUCCGAAGUGCAAGCCACCCCCAUCGUCCCAAUCAUCGCUCCAUCAGGUGGAUCCGAACGCUACUCUAGCUACUCCGAACGAGUAAACCAAAACCAAGCCAUACCAAUCCCCGUUUAUACUAGUGGUGGCAACAGCCAACGUUACUCAUCACAUUCAGAACGUGUCUCAGAAACUAAAGCCACACCCAUCAUUACCCCCAUUAUCCCGGCUUCAUCCAGCUCUUCCCGUUAUUCGGCACAUGAACAAUCAUCUAAUAAUCAAGGAUCAGCCUACGUUCCAAUUAUUCCGGUAGUCGGUGGUGGUGCCUCAUCACACUAUACCAGCAGCUUAUCGAGCAGUAACCACGGUACUGGCGGUGUUGGCUUAGUUGGAGGUGUCGGUCUUGGCCUUGGUCUCGCAGGAAGUGGGUAUCACAGUUCAUCUCUAGGAUAUGGCUCAACAGGCUUGAUUGAUGGAACCAGCUCCGAUCUUUCCACAUACAUGUCAGAAUCAGAACGUCUAGCGAAAUUACAAGCUCAAGGCAUAAGCAGUGGUGGAAUUCGUUCGGGACAUACUGUCUACGAUUCCGGAUUCUCGUCUGGUUCUUCAUUAGGAGCAGCAGGUCUUGGUUCUGGUUCUGGUGGCUUUACCAAAUCUAAAUCAUGGGAAAAGAGCUCAAAAUGGUCGUCUGGAACACAAUUCGGACCUGAUGGCAAACCCAAAAACUACAACUUGAUUUCAACUGCUGAAAGUGAGUUGCAUAACAUCAAUGGAAAGCAAGCUGGCUACAAGGCUGCAACCACCACUCUUGAUGAUGAUGGCAAAGUCAGCACGUACAGCAUUCACACGCCAUAAAUUUUCGGUUCAUAAGAAUUUAUUUUAAUAUUAUUUUAAUAUCAAUUGAUGUCUCUUAUUUAAGUAAAGAAUAAGAUAUGAGAGCCGA